AUAUAUGUUAACUGUGAAGAACGGACCAACCCUCAAAACCAAGGAAGUACAGUCCUGUCUUCGAUGAACUUUCCACUUUGUUGUCAAAGCAUUCCCUUUCAUAAAAAUUAGGCACUAUUCAUACCUAGAAUACAGGGGUCUCUCCUUCCAAAAGCCUGGGAACCAGCACAGCAUCAGUUGCAAUCCAAUCCGUUUCAUCUUUACCACCUCCAUUUGGAGCUCAACUAUGGAUCUAGUUUUCCUGGUAAUCAAUGGCAUGGGGAUGAUUUUGGACCUCCUGGUUCUCUUGCUGGAUGUCAACUUCUUCCUUUUUUCCACUCUGGUCUCCAUCCUGCUCUGGCUUGUCGCAUUUGUUUACAACCUGCCCAAUGCCUUGAUAGCCUGCGUGUUUCAGUGCUGGAAUGGGUUUGUGUUGUUUUUGCUAUGCAUAGCUGAGGCGUUGUAUUACUUGACUCUGGGCUCUGUGCACACUACUGUUAGCCUGCUGCGGGGCUUCUGCUCCAGCAUGGAGAGCUUGAAAGUAGUGGGCCACCUGUUCAACCACCUGACGCUGAGAAGCAAAGAAAUUAUGCACCGAGGUUUCUGGAACCUGAUUGGUUCCGGCCAGUCACUUCUGAGGCAAGUGUGUGAAGUGUGUGCCAUCAUCAUGAGCCUUGUGGCUUACUUCAUCAACAGCAUCAUCAACAUCUGCCUCAUUGGGACCCAGAAUUUUUUCUCUUUGGGGCUGGCCCUGUGGGAAACCAUUGUUGGCCCCUUUCUGAGAGUCACAGACAUCUUUGCUGCCUUUGUUGCACGUCUCUCCAGCAGUGCCAUCGCUAUGGCCAUCCUGCUAUGGACUCCUUGCCAGCUAGCAUUUGAUCUCUUGGCCUCUGUGAGCAAGCUGCUGAUUAAUAUCUUCUUCCUCAACCUUUAUGGCUUGGUACUGCUGUCUGUGAUUGUUGCCACCAGCACAUUAAUCCUUAACCCUCAGCUGACGUGGACACUGGCGAACCAAGUGUCUGGCUACUUGAACACCAUGCCUUCUUACCACCGCCUGCUCAGGGACAUGCGACGCCUCUAUCAGGUUUUGCUCUUGUCACUGGAGAUGGUCUUGAGCUCGCAAGCUUGGCGCAGGUUGGCUGAUUGGAGUCUCCAAAUGGCCAGCUGGAACACAGGCGACAGGGCAGUAAACCACGAUGGAGAACGAGAGCAACAGCUUGUGGUUGAACCCAACCAAGAAAGGCCAGCUCCUCCUGGAGCAGCUCAUCCAAGAAGACAAGGGCCACCUAUAAACAAUCAGCAGGUUCCAGCCCGUCCUCGCCAAAGAGGCAACAGGGACCAGCACAGAAUAGAUGUUGAUCUGGGAUCAGCCACACAGCGGAGUGAGCUGUCAGGGCAGCACCUUCAGCCUCAAGCGGAAGGACCAAGCACAUCUCAUACCAAAUCUGCAACAAAAGAGCAGUUAAAUGCUCUGGAUGACGACGACAAUGAUCCGUGGCUUCUUCUCAAAGAACAAGAAGAACGAAAGAAGUGUGUCAUUUGCCAGGACCAAACAAAAACAGUCUUGCUACUUCCAUGCCGGCACCUUUGCCUCUGCCAAGAAUGCACUGAAAUCCUGCUGCAGCAGGCCAUAUACCAGCGCAACUGCCCGCUCUGCCGGCAGAUGAUCCUGCAGACUCUCAAUGUUUACCUGUGAACUACGUGGGGGAUAGCUUUAUUCACAUUCCAACAGGUUUUCCAGGUGCAUUGGUUGGCCAAAGCACACGGGGUCAUUGCCUUUGUACCUGUUUUCUAUGGCAGUUGGUGGAGAGCAGCUCCACCCUGAUCAUUACUCUUUUUUUAUUUCCAAAGAACUAUUGUAACCAGUGGACCUUGGAAAAUACUAUGAAUGAUUUCUAUGCACGUAUGUUUGCAUUUUCCUGUUGCAUCAGAAAGAACAAUAGCUGAUCACAGUCUGAAACUUUCCUGUUUCUAGGAGUGUGGAGUUUCUCAGUUUAAAAAGUUUAUUAAACUUUUAAUAAGUUUAAUAAACUAAUAAACUCAGUUUAUUAAAA